GCUCCUGUUACCUCACUUUACGGGAACACUUUAGCCGGAUGGCAGGGAUUUCGUUCUCUGAAAAGGACUUACUUUGUCCUCAAUGUACCGAGAUUUAUUACCUUCCUGUUCUUCUCAAAUGUGGCCACAAUAUUUGCAGAGUUUGUUUACAGAAAUUCUGGGAAUGGAAAGGAUGCAGAGAAUGUCCUGUGUGUCGCGCCGUGUCCGUCCCUGGGAGGCCUCCUAUCAAUUUGGCACUAAAGAUAGCUGCGGACCAUCAUCAAGUGCAAAAGACCAUCAGGAAUCAAGACUUUUGUGGUCUUCACAACGAGAAGUUGAAGAUUUUUUGUCACAAUGACCAGGAGCCUAUCUGUCUUGUCUGCCAAACGUCAAAACAGCAUAGAGUUCACGAGUGCUGCCCGGUGGAGGAGGCGGCCGACCAGAAAAAGAAGGAAAUUUCUGAGAUGCUAGAGUCCUUGAGGAAAAAUCUCAGAAAACUGAACAAGACCAAAGUAGACUGGGAGGAAACCAACAACUAUAUACAGAGCCAAGCUCAUCAAAGCGAGGAAGCCAUUAAGGAGUCGUUCGAGAAGCUACGCCUCUUCCUUCAGGAGGAGGAGAACAGCAGACUGAAGGUGCUCAAAGAGGAAAAGGAAAUCAAGACCCAGGUGAUGGGCGAGAAGCUGGAAAACAUCAAGGACCAGAUCAAAAGCCUCUCUUCCACCAUCAGUGAUAUUGAGGCAUAUCUCAGAGCAAAGGACUUACCAUUUCUACAGGACUACAAGCAGAUGAAGAAACGGGCCAAAUGCAUUGUUCGAGAGCCAGAAUGUAUCCGAGAUAUCCUGAUCACCUCUGCAAAGCAUCUGGGAUUACUUGGGUUUGGAAUUUGGAAGAAGAUGGCCAACAUUGUCACAUGUGUUCCCUUCACUCUGGAUCCAAACACAGCCCAGUCCAACUUAACGUUUUCUAAAGAGCUGACCAGUGUACAAUACAGCAGGAAGCAAAUCCUACCUGACAACCCUGAACGCUGCACCAGUCGUGUGUGUGUGCUGGGAGCCACCGGCUUCACAUCUGGGAAGCACAGCUGGACUGUGGAGGUGGGCCAGGGAAAAGACUGGUACAUCGGAGUAGCUCAAGAGUCCAUCAAAAGGAAGAGUACUGUCUUCCUCAACCCGACUGAGGGAUUCUGGGUGAUCGGCCUGUGCAACGGGGACUCAAUUUGGGCUCAGACGUCGCCUCGCAUCAAGCUUGUGUUAAAGCAGAAGCCUGAGAAGAUUAAAGUCCAGCUGGACUAUGACAAAGGAAAGGUGAUUUUCAUCAACGCUGCUGAUUUGACAACAAUGCACACAUUCAAAAAUAGAUUCACAGAGAGGGUUUUUCCCUACUUUUCUCCUGGAUUGAAUGAAGAUGGGAAAAACUCCACCCCACUGACAAUCUGUCCUCUGACAGUCACAGUGGAUGUAGAGUAGACUCACAUGCAGUAGAAACAAGACAGUAGUUAAAGAGGACUUUGUUGAGCGUUUUAAAGCUGCUACAACUGAUAACCACAAUUGAUAA